UUCUGCUCUUUCUCGUCAGUAUCACUAUAUAAAUGUGAGAAUGUCGUGGCCAGAGGCUCAGAGUUACUGCAGAGAGAGAUUCACUGAUCUGGCUACUGUAGACAGCAUGGAUGAUGUGAACAGGCUGGUAAAUAUAGCGGAUGCUGGAUACAGUGGAUCAGUGUGGAUUGGACUGAAGAGGGGGACACAGAAACGCUGGGGUUGGUCUAAUGGAGAAAACACAACUUCUCAGUACUAUAACUGGGCUUCAGGACAGCCAAAUGGGGAUGGAGAUUGUGUAGCUACUUUUGACGGUGUUUGGCAUGAUAUGUCAUGUAGCUAUAAGCAAUAUUUUGUGUGCUUUGGUGAGUUCCCUGUUCUUUUAAAUUUGUGAAUGUGAAUUUUGACUGGGGACAAAAAAAGAUAAGCACUGCAUGAUUGUUUCUUUGCAUCUCCCAGUAGAAAAUUCUGGAUACAUCAUAGUACAGAGCGCUAAAACCUGGAGUGAAGCUCAGAGUUACUGCAGACAGAAUUACAGAGACCUGCCCACAAUCAACAACUCUGAGCAAAAUAACCAGAUAAAUCAGAUUCUUUUAUCUGGAUGGUACAUCUGGAUUGGUCUGUUCCAGGACUCUUGGGAAUGGUCUGAUAAACUGAGUCUCUUCUUCAGACACUGGGCAGCAGGUCAACCAUCCCAGAGUUCAGGAUCUGGUGACUGUGUUGGCAUGUCAACAACUGAUCCUGGAAAAUGGGCUCAAUACAGCUGUGAUCUACAGCAGCCUUUUAUCUGCUAUGGAGAUGCAAAAUUAAUUCGAAAUCAGAUUGUCCGACUGAAAUUGGCCUGUAAUGGAAAAUGCUCAUUGAAUGAUCCUUCUCUACAGACGUCCAUUCUGAAUGAGAUAAGUAAAAAGAUGAAGAGCAUGGGACUGGAAGGUGAAAGUAAAAUAAGCUGGAGAAAGAGUGAAGGUGGAGAGGUGUUUCAUCAGCAGAGCAACCGUACAGAGAAUUGUAAUAAUAAAAGUGAUAGACGGUAAUCUGUGUACCCAUUUAAACCUAUUAAAGUGUAUUAAAGAUGCUUCAGAAUUGUCAGCAUAUUUUAGAAACAAUAGAUCAUGUAAAUAGAACAGAA